CAAUUUUAAUAUGAAUAAAUAAUAACGCCACAUUUAUUAAUGCCAAUCGGAAAACACGGUAUAAUGACACGGUAAUAUGAGCCAUUUUGUGCUUUCAGUUCUGGUCACAUAUCUUAGUUUACCCGAUGCCUGUGAUUUUAUAUAUUGCAACCCAAUAUUGGGCGCAUAAAUUUUUUAUAUUGAGCAAGGCAAAUCUAUUGGAAGAGGCAAUUUUCGCAUUUUUCCAGAGACUUAUUUCUGCCUUAUGCGUGUGUUCCACUAUAGUUUUGUUAUCCAUCGGCAGUCAAUCAAAAUUUUACUACCGUUUCUUUACACCACGUUGGAUGCAGCCAUUAGCAAACUUAACUUAUGGAGUUUAUAUCACGCACGUGAUAUUGCUUAUGCUUAACGUAGGACAAUCAAGAACUGCAAGAACUUUUAACAUUUUUAAUUCAGUAUCGGAUACUGUUAUGUUAUUGCUACUUUCUAAUAUGAUUUCUCUACUCUUGACGAUAUGCAUCGAAAUGCCAUAUAGGAGUUUAACGAAAUGGUUAUUCUCUGAAAACAACACAAUUGUUGUUAACGGAAGGACAUCCGAGUAUAAAAUAAUGAAAGAAGAAUAAUGUAUUAUAUAUCCUGAUUCUGCCGAUGAUGAGAAUCCGAAAUAAAACGAAACAGAUUAUCUUUCGUAAACUAA